UCGUGUCAAAAAAUCAAGAUGGCGGGCGAGGAACCAGAUGCAGAAAAGUCAGAAGGGACAAAAAAGUUGGAGAAAUGGUUGAAUAAGGGCAUGAAAAUACAAAUGACUGAUGGCAGGACACUUAUUGGUGUAUUUCUGUGUACUGACCGAGAUAGAAAUGUAAUCCUAGGUUCCUGUGAGGAGUAUCUGCGAUCACCAGACGGUGAAAAGAAGGAGGAUCCAAGAAUUCUUGGGCUAGCCAUGAUUCCAGGUUACCACAUAGUCAGCAUUCAUGUGGACGAAGAACACACUCCUGGACAAAGUGUCAUGUGAUCCUGUCAUGUGACUCAACAUUGUUACAUCACUCUAAUACAGUGUCGUGUGAUCCUGUCAUGUGACUCGACAUUGUUACAUCACUCUAAUACAGUGUCGUGUGAUCCUGUCAUGUGACUCGACAUUGUUACAUCACUCUAAUACAGUGUAAUGUGAUUCUGUUUUUGUGAAUAACUCUCCUACACCAUCAUGUGACUGUAUUCAGGUUUAUUUCUGGUCAUAUCCAGAAAGGCAACUACACUGUAAACAGAUGCUGAAUACAGAUAUUGGCAAUUUCAUAAAACCAUAUCUAGAACGACCUAGAGGAGCUGUUUGAAGCGAUUGUCUCCUUGGUGUUUUAAUUUUUAUCAUAUUCUGCAAAUGGUAUGAUGUUCUGUGAGAGAAUUGUUUGGAUUGAAUUUAUGGUGGAAAUUGAUUGUAUUAUAAGUCUUUAUCAGAAAGAAAAUAUGAUCUCAACUUAUAAAGUAUGACAGAUUCAGGAAGGAUAUACAUUAUUGUGCAGACAUGCUUGUAUUUAGAAGUUUAUGAUAAUGUGUACACCCAAGGAUUUCAAGAUCAUGUUAUUGAUAUUAUUUAUUAAAAUUAAGUGAAGAUGAUGUUGCUUAUCACAAUAAAUGAAAUUUCUGUCAUGCAUUUAA